GAGAGAGAGAGAGAGGGAGAGAGAGGGAGGGAGCUGUGAGAGGAGGUUCAGUCUGUGCAGAGGAGCAGCCGCAGACUGCGUGCACACACAGGCAUGCUUCUGCACUGACAUCAGCUCAGAUAAGACACACUCACUCUUGAUUUAAGGACAUCUCUCCUGCCGGCAAGGUGAUACACGGAGACGCUGUUUUCCUCCGCCCCGACACACGGCUGCGUUUUACGCGCAGGGAGAGAGGCAGAGAGCGGCUCCAUGGCUGUUUCCCACGGCUCCCCUCGCGGAGCUGAAGUUUGAGGGGCUGAUUCGGUGAUUUAUCCCGAGUGUGUGUGUGUUUGUUAUCCCCCUCACCACCACCACCCGUGGAAGCUGUGGCACUCCUGCUGUCGGUGGAUUGUUGUCGUUCUCCUGAAGGAUGGUGCUGGAUAAGGAGGAGAGUGAGUACAUUUUUCGACAUCAUAUGAAUGCAAUCAAUAAAAGAGGACGUCAGGAGAUGUUUAGAGGACUGGGAGGGACUCUGCUGCAAGAUUUAAUUAUCUAAGGAGACAUAGUUUCCUCCGGUUUUAGUGACAAACUUAGAGAAAUACUUCUAUCAGCGUGAAUGAUGAGGUUACUGAAUGAAAAACACACUUAUUGGUGAUUUUUCUGUGAGUAUAGUCAUCUUCUGUUGUAGUUUCCUUAUUUCUAACUUUGUAUUUGAGUGGCUCUUUUAGUUAUGUUUGUUUGAUAAUGCUCAGACUUCACUAACAUCUCCAAUAAAGGCUUUUAAUUUGUCUCUGAAUAUCCUCAUAAUUCAGUUUGAAAUCUGCACAUGUAUUCUCACGCUUCUCUUUGCACGUCUCUUUCCCUCCCCUUCCACCUGUUGUCCCCCCCACCAGGUGUGUCUCUCGUUCCCCUCCAGUCCAGAGAGAAGCCGAGGGCCUGCGCCGGCUGCAACGGGAAGAUCCGUGACCGCUUCAUGCUGCAGGCGUUGGACAGGUUCUGGCACGAGGACUGCCUGAAAUGCGCCUGCUGUGACUGCCGCCUGGGCCGCCUGGGCUCCACCCUCUACACCCGGGCCAACCUCAUCCUCUGCCGCAGGGACUACCUGAGGUAACCCGAGACCUUCUGCAGGUGUUUCUGCUCUAAAGAGGGGGAGGAAAUAACCCGAGCAGCUACUGCUGUUCUAUCACCUGAUAUACACGCAUUAUGAGGACAACAUCUAGGUUUCUGUUUGUCUUUGUGAGGUCUUGUUUUCACUCAAGAUGUCUCACAAAGAGGUGGUUAUAAAGACGUCAUGAGACGAUAUGAUACAACUCAACACAAUAAGCUGAUUCCAUUAGACACAAAAGGCCUGUUGUUAAAUUUCACUCAUUUGUUCAGUUCGUGGACUUUUCAGUGUUUCAGUCUUUGUCAAAGUGAAACCAGAAAAAUAACUGCUGCCUUUAUACUGUUGUGAAACCAUUUCCUGUCAGAUUAACCCUUUUAGAUCAUACACAGUACAACAGAGAAAGAGUUAAGUUAGGGAUCAUGAAAGGUGAUCAUGUGAGUCCCAAGAGGGUGAGCAAAACCCUAACCCCUAAUUUCCACAAAAAGGCCGAUCACAGCUGAUCGUAACCAUUCAAGUUAAAGUGUCAGUUUCCACCGGCUUCUUUCCGUUUUAUUAGGUUGAAUUUAUGAGUGCAGGAAGAGGUUGAGGUGUGGCGCCUUCAUCCUGAAACCUGCUAAUUCUAGAAGUCUAGAAGUAGAUUUCCUCCUCUGGAAAGACACACUCUACUGCUUAUAUGGUUAGCCUCUGUGGCUAAGGGACAACUUGUUAUCACGGGUUCUUGUGAAUUCUCACAAUUACCGCUGUCCGUAAUCCGCCUUGAAAUUUGACUCACCAACGGAUCCAGUAGGAAUUGUCAUUUGUCAAUUGUCACAGUGAAAAUCGCCACUGUUCUGGAUCGGAGCCGUUCCAGAUGUGGUGAAAAUUGGUGGUUAAUCUUCACUCAUUUCCACCAGAUCUAAAUUCUCUCAAACCUGUUAUUAUGUCCUCGUCCUCACGACCAGUCUGAGGCGUUUUUGCCACAGUGUCAACAGGCAGAGGAGAGUAAAAUGUACUAGUCUUCUUCUGGUCUGUGAUCACGUCGUCUCUGUAAACGUUCGCUGUAAGUGCUGCAUUCAUGGGACGUCUGACUAGCUGGAAAAAUGAGUUUUGGAGUUUGAAAACGCUCAUGAACUCCUGCUGAAGCCAGAACAACAACUCUGCGAGAUUACCGAUAUUUCUCGCAAGACUUGACGAGAUCUCACGAAAUCUCGCGUGUUCCACCGUGAGACAUUGAAUGAGAUCGGUGGUGUAUAUAAACAUCCACAUCCCACAACCCUGGCCCCUCCCGUUAUCACGUGAAGAAUAGUUCGACAUAUUGAUUUUAUUUUAGUUUGAAAACUAACCGGAUAUUUUACUCUGUAGCUGCAUACAACUUCCGCUAAAUUGAUGCGUUGUGCUGCGGCGUCAGCCAAAAAUAGAAACCUUGCGUGUCUGAUCCGACCGCCGGAGUGGAUCCGCAGCGUAACCGGACAGAUUGUGUUGAAUUACGCACACUAAUUAUAAUACUUGCGUAUUUGAUCAGGCUGCCGGUCUGUAUCCUGUGGAAUUUAGCCGUAACAAUCGUCCAUCAUGGUUAACCAAUCAGAAUCAAGCAUUUAAUAUAGCCAGACAUCGCUCUUAAUGAUAUUAGAGAUGUUUUUGGGGAAACGGUACCAAGCUUUCCAUGUGAGACUUUCUUAUAUGUGUGAUUCAAAACAGGAGCAGACAUUGUGACUGAAACAGAGGGGUAAAGGUUCGUCCGGCCUCGUUUUGACUUCAGACUUUAAAUGUUUGAAGUCUGUGAACUCAGGGAGGUUAUCAGGGAGUCUCCUCUGGACGGCAAGUAAAAGCGCUCUGAAAAGUCGUGUCAGUUUCCACAUGAAAGAAAGAGGAAACCUACAAUGUGAACAGCUGCUAAAAGGUGUAUUUCCAGUCAGUUCCUCCUUUUUUUUUCACCUACUUGUGUGAAUAAGAUCAUUUUCCAGACGUCCCUAAGUGUAUUACUCGAACCUAAGUGUGCACGAUGCAAAGGCAGACGGUAUCUGCUGUACGGAGCAGUAAGUUUCUAACACUUAGCGCACUUUGAGGCCCUUCAGACUCUUUAUAAACCCUUCAGACAAAGAUGAAUGUUCACAGAUUGUCUUAACAGCUCCUCUCCGUAUCCUUUGAGCGAGGUUAUUCAUCACUCGACCUCUCGCGUCUGUGAAUCACCGCAGGGUUAAUUUACGACGGAGUAUGCUUCAAAUUAAAAAAAUUCCUCCAGUUUUCCACCUUUACAGUCUUUCCAGCAUGAAUCCCCGAUGACAGGCCUCAUACACAAACCUGAACCCGGCUCAAACCGCUCCCCUGAGAGUUAUACAACCUUCAUUUUCUUGCCUUAAAUAACGUCGUCUGGUGUCAGGUCAGCAGGGGAACUCCUGAUAUCUCAGCCACAUUGCUGAACUCAUGUGUUAGUCUCAUGUACAAUCCAGCUGGAUUUGGUUGGAGCUAAGUCUCUCAUUAGCUGCGCUGCACUUAAGAGACCAAAACCCCUUUUGACAGUUAAAUUGGCUAGAUUGCCUCCUGUUUUCCUCAUCAUUGCGAGGGUGCAGACCAAAAAGCCUUUGAAGAGCGGGAUUAAAACCAUGUGAUUUCUUUUAAUUGGACCAUUAGUAGAGAAUUAGCAUUGAGCUUCGUAGCCUCGUUAAGGAGAAGGAAAAAAAACCCACCAGGUGCCUGCUCAGGACUCAGGCUCGUUAGAUCAGAACAUUCGCUUAAUUAGGACUCUCUUUUGUUCCCAUGUUGGUCACUCGUUUGAUGACGUUUUUCAUUUGUGGCGCUUUACUCCCCCCUCUCUCUCUCCCUCUCUCUCUCUCUCCCUCCCUCUGAGGAUUUUUUCAUAACGGUUUCUCCCAAACCUCCUUUUCUAUUUGCCCUCUAAUGGAAUAUGGAAAUCAGCAGCGGCCACUUAUCUUCAUGUGUGUCGGGCUCUCAGGGAGCCGUUUGUUCGUGCUUUUAGAGGUGAAUGAGAGGUGAAGCAAUCUGCAGCUGGUCAGGAGUGAGUCACCGAGUCUUUAAAACAGAACAGGGUUUUGUUUUCAGGACAUACUUUGAAUCUUAUCACAUGAUUUGUUUGAAGUUCUCAACUGUUAAAAAAAAAAGCCUUGAAGGCGGAAGCGUCAGUGUGGAUCAGACAUUUCCUCAUCACGUUUGACAUUUUCCUAUCAGUGAAUCUGAUAAAAGGAUAAAAUCUCUAAACUUUUAUAAAGUUUUUACCUCAAGUGAGACUUUUAAAGUUUCUGCAGCAGCUUUAAGUGAACUUUACUCAAGACAGGAACUUCUGUUUGUAUCUAAAGUAUCUUAAUUAUGACAACACCCAUUCAGACAUUUACAGGCUAAUUCUCAAAUAACUCCGGGAUUAAAUGAAGAAUUCCCUGAAACAUGUUUUAGCUGCUUUUCAACUGAAGAAACUUUCCUGGCAAGUAGAAACCUUUGGAUGAACUCAGGGACUGGGUCUCGAUUAAACCCCUUUAAGGGUUUUUUUUCUAGUAAUCUUACGCCGCUCGGUUGUGAAAUGAAAUUCAGGGUGUUUAUGGAGGUUAGCUUACAGGUUAAGGUCCUUGCACACCGGGAACGACGCAAAUAUACAACGCGAAAUUACGAAAUAUUCAGAAGCGAAUUUUGACGCGCCUGACUAUACACAUCAAGCACGAUGCAAUUUUCUGACAUCCCGGGUGGAAGCGAGAAGACUGAGCCAACAGCAGACUGAGUGUUUUUCAGUUCUGAUCAGACACUAGUGUUGAGAUGUCUGUCAUGAUAGCAUGUACUGAGUCGGGGUCAGUACCAGAUAAGAACAUUAAACUAUAAUCCAUAAACGUAAGGUAACAACCCAGACCUAAUGGAGCUGUGACAGCAAUGCUGUGAUUGAGUUUACAGUGAAAAUACAUAUGGUAUGUUGUAUCUGAACAGGUUAGCUUACGAGCUAAAGUUACUUAGCACAGAUGAAGGUUAAAACAAAGACGUUUAUCAAACUGUUAAAGCUCACAAACCAUCGUCAUAUGAGAAAUCCGACGCGAUGACUCUCCACAAGUCGUCCUUCAGGUCGUUAUCUUUGUAAUGUUUGUGUCUUUUAUCAAAAAUCACUCUGUUCUCCGACAUGUAAACAAUCAGCCGGUCGGCCAUGUUGGAUAUACCGGUGAAUCUGACGUCGCAACAACACGAAAUCUGAUUGGUCAGAAGUGGACACACAGUAUGAGAAACUUUAGAAAAAUUGACCGUGAUACAAAAAAAUAAAUGCCGCAAUAUCGCAGGACGGGAAAACGUCGCUGAUGUAAAGGGUGGAAUUGACAGGAUAUGGGUUCAAAAAAAAUAUUGACGUCGGAAAUAAUCGUACAAAAAAACGGUCCUGGUGUGAAAGGACCUUCAGUAUGAGGUAUUAUAGUUUAUAGAUAUUAAUCUGAAGGCUGCUGGGGGUUUACGAGCUGUACAACAUGCAUGCGUCAUUUGCAGGAUGAUAUUUGAGUACAUAUGUUUGCCGAACUCGGACAAAAGGUUCCAUUGAACUACUUUUUUAUACUUUAAUCGUUAGUUUGAUUGUAUCAGUUAAAAUAUUGGAGUAACUUGGACCACGCUUGAGCUCGAGGGUGGUCCAGAGUGUUUGUUUUGCACCUGUUUGUUCAUCAUUUGCAGCCGUGUGGGAGGUAUUAAAGUUGAUAGAAAGAGGCUGAUGUAAAUGUUUCCUCCCACUUCUCUGUGUGGAAAAACACAAACGCAGCUCAGUUCCCUCCUUUCUACGCCUGGCGCAGGAUUUUCAGGCCUGUCCACUUUUGUUUCAGGUUUUUGUUUUGCCUCCUCAGCUCUUGGCUGAAAUGUAUCUAAGUGCGUCCAGACUACAGGUCUGCUUGUCGCCCUCUGUCUCUCUGCAGGCUCUUUGGGGUGACAGGGAACUGUGCAGCCUGCAGUAAGCUGAUCCCUGCCUUUGAGAUGGUGAUGAGAGCCAGAGACAACGUCUACCAUUUAGACUGUUUCGCCUGUCAGCUCUGCCGCCAGAGGUAAGAUUAGGGGAGCAAUUAGCCGGGGAGAUCAAAUUCAGUUGACUUAUCUGGGGAGGGCGUGCUCGUAAGCUCAGUGGUCAUUAUGAGCGUGCAUUGUAAUCAGGGAGCGAUGAAAUGUGCUGCAGAGUUGAAACCUCAAGGGGGUUAAAACUUUGUAUAUCACUGGGAGAGUUAAUCAUGCAGCAAUCAUGCAAGAUUAAUUUUCUGAUUAUCAUAGCAGUGGAUGUAUGCUGAAAACACGCCUGAAUGCUCCUCUGGGAACUCAUGAUUCACUCCAGCUCAAGCAAGAACCAAGACCCAGAUCCAUAUUUUUAUUCCUCUCUGCAGAUUUUGCGUGGGAGAUAAGUUUUUCCUCAAGAACAACAUGAUCCUGUGCCAGCUGGACUAUGAAGGAGGCCAUCUUAACGGCGGCGCAGAGAGGCAGACUCAAUAAGAGGUAAUAUUGCGAUGACGAUAAAUUAGGGGCCCAGACAGCCGCUCUGACAGUUUGAAGUAAACCAUGCGCACAGAUAUCUGGAAGGUAUACAAGUGAGCUCACGGGCUCAUCCCACAUAUGACCAUAUGUAGACAUGAGACCUCCAACCACAUGCUGCUGGCAUUAGAGAGACGAGCCGUGCCAAGAUAUGUUAAAAAAAAAAGUCUGUGUGGACAAAUAUGCUUCGCUCUGAAGGGGGGCCUCCGUGUCCCACAUCACGACAAAUAUUAGUUUUAUUCUCAUUCAAAAUCCAGAUCUUAAAUUCUCUGUAAUCCUUUUAAAUGAUUCAAUAAACUUUAAAACUUAGAAAGUAAACAGUGAUUACAAAACAUCCAACAGCUUAAAGGGAUAGUCUGUCUUAAAAUUAAGUUAGGGUCAAACACACCGUAACACCGAGUUAGACCCCCCCCCCCUCCAGAGAUGAAUGUUGCCGACCGCUUACUUCUCUAGUUAUACCAACUUUAGUAACAACCACAGGAUAGCAAUACACAGCGGUAAACAAACAACAUAAACAUAAACAAACUUCAACCAAAACGCCACUCUAUAGCCAUGAUCAUACAUGUUCUUCCUUGAGCUGCGACACCCCGCAGCAGUCUGUACAAACAAGCGUCUGCUGGAAGAGAGUAGGUGAGUUGUGUUUAGUCUCUUUGUUAAAGAAAUGAGUCAAAGUGAAAAAGAUGUUUGGUGUCUAGUACUAUGUCUGUGACCCUCUAUGUCCUGUUGAUGAAGUUAGGUGCUGUUCUGAGCAUUAUUUGUGGCUAUAGAGUGGCGUUUUGGUUGAGGGCGUGGCUCUCUGUAUUUCUAUCCUGCGGUCGUUACUAAAGUUGGUAAAACUAGAGAAGCAAGUGGUCGGCAACAUUCAACCUCAGUGCAAAACAGGAAAAAUAUCAAAAUAAAAGCAUGACUAACCCUUAGUUAAUGCAGGAAUUUCGCCCCCUAAAGAGGUUUUAUAGGUGUGUCAGGAUCCUGCUUAGUCAGAGUCAGGAUCUUGUUCACCCUGAUGGGAUUCUUAGGUCCAUAACUAUCAGCCCAGUUUACAUAACCUCUUAGAGUUUGAAUCCUCAUCCAGCCAUGACCAUUUCAGUAUCUGUUCCUGCACCUGAGGGAUCAUUUUCCAAUAUUAAACACAUGCAGUUUGACAAACAGACAAGAGUUGAAGGUAAAAUCUGAGAAAAUCGAGGCUCCAAUGAUUAUAACGCACCCUUUUGGGUCAGAGUGUAACUGGACAUGUGAAUCUCAUUAAAGAUUGGAAAAAUGGCGUCUGUUGUCUGUGCUAUGUGGUGCGUGCAGAUCACAUAAGCUGUUCAUUAUAAACAAAAAGCACUUACAUCAGAGUGUACAGUUCUCCGUGCUCUUAAACUGAGCAAUCUUGACUUCACUCGCACUGAAAAAGGAACAUUUAAUUUAGAUUAAGUUAUCUUGUAGAGCUUUAAACUCACCAUAAUCCUGAAAUGGAAUCUAGAAUUUACAUAAACGAUUUUCACAAAGCUUCAAACUGCAGAAAUGCAAAUCUUGCAUGAAAACAUGGUCUCGGUUGAGCCUCUCGGUGGGUGUGAGCAGCAGUGGACUCUGAGGGCAGAUGGGAACAUUUAAAAAACAAGUGCAGCAGAAACCACCAAAUCCAUAAUCAUGAGGGUUUUCAGGGUCUGCAAGGGUUCAAACACACACACUGAAGCCACCAGAAGCCCAAAGCUAUCAUUAUGAAGCGAACUCUACAAGAACAGUUCAUAAAAAAUACAGCAGCAGUGAUGAAUUCUGGACUUGGAGAGUUUUGACUCUCGGUUGGUUUUGGGUCUUUUAGAGUUCAUGUUUGCACAACUUCAGACUUUGGAGCUCAUUUCAGAUGAAAAUCUUGGUACAGUUGAGGAAUCGAGCUCAUUUGAUUGUUAGCAGAGGUGAAAAAUGAAGGAACUUUAACACACAUGGGGUAAAAUGUUUGUGUAUUUUCUUUGGAGAGAUUGAAAUGCCUGAUUUAAAUUACAACAGUGAAUUUUUCAGCCUCCAUAGUAAUUUACUGUAAUUCUCUCUACAAACUGGAACAGCCUGUUGGUAUUGGGUUUUCUUUGACUUAUAAAUGUGACCACUGUUUAUGAUGCGUAUAUUUUUCUUGGUUUGUUAUUCUCUACUACCUGGAUGUAAACGAGCAUGGCUGACAGAUUGAAUAAUUUGUGUUGUAAGUGUUGUAUUUGGCAGUUUUUUACUGUAGAAAAUGGGGAUAACUUAUAGGUGGCUGUGUCGGGUUAGUCAGUAUUUAAAUUUGUUUAAAUAACUUGGAAGUUCUUUCGGUCAUUACCCAAAGUUCAUGACCGUAGGUGAGGAUCGGCACGUAGAUCAACCGGUAAAUCGAGAGUCUCGCCUUACGGCUCAGCUCUUUUUUCACUACGACUGAUCAGUUAAGCGUCCGCAUCCCUGCUGACGCCGCUCCGAUCCGCCUGUUGAUCUCCUGUUCCAUCCUGCCCUCACUCGUGAGCAAGAUCCCGAGAUAUUUGAACUCCUCCUCUUGAGGCAGGACCUCCCUUCUGACUUGGAGAAGGCAAUCACGGAUACAAGCGGCCGAAAUGGGUUUCCUCCUCAGGGUGUCCGGGCUCAGCCUUAGAGAUAGGGUAAGGAGCUCGGACACUCAGGAGGCGCUCAGAGUAGAACCGCUGCUCCUCCACGUUAAGAGGAGUCAGCUGAGGUGGCUCGGGCAUCUGGUUAGGACGCCUUCUGGACGCCUCCCGUUAGAGGUGUUCCAGACAUGUCCCACCGGGAGGAGACCUCGCUUGGUCUGGGAGCGCCUGGGAAUCCCUCUGGAGGAGCUGAAGGGCUUCAGUCCUGAAGCUGCUGCCCCCACGACCCGGACUCGGAUAAGCGGAAAAAAACGACAACGACAACUUAGAAGUUUUUCAGUUUAUAUAUAUAUAUAUAUAUAUAGAAAACAUGUUCCUUUGGCGCAAAUGACUAAUACAGAGUUAAAAAAAAUAGCUGAGUAUGUCAAGCUCAAAAACCCCGCAGUUGUACUAGUGAAGUAAAAUCUGGGAAAUGGAUCAGUUACCAGAGCGUAAAAUGAGUCUUACAUAAUAAGUCUCGGGUUACUUUUCAUUAUAAUCAAACUUACCAAGACCUGAACAUGUAAAACUCCCACAUUUGAUCAUCAUACCGGCCUGAUUCUAAAAUAAACUCUAUUUUAGUCUUUUUCCAACUGAGAAAAUAUCUUUUCCUUUCUGAAAUGCAAUUAUAAGAAAUUGAAACUGCCUUUUAUUUGUAAUGGACUCCACAAUUUAUUACCAGACAAAUAAUUUAUACCGUAUUUAGUGGACGCACAUGUUUUUAUUGAAAGCCACACACAGUGACCAGGAGCUGUUUUAUGUUUUCUCCUUUCAGGACGACUCUGAGCCAGUUGGACGAUGAAGACCAGCAGCAGUGUGGUCCUCAACAGCUUCUUAUUCCAGACUGAACCUGAUGGGAGAUGUUUCCACGAGCACAGGAUUGAACUUUUUGUUACAGAGCUGCGUGGUAACUCUCCUAAAAAACUGAAUAUUUCCGAUCAGACGGACCAGAAAAGAAAAAUGGAACUUUCAAGAGGAACUUUAUGUGGAUGGGAAUAAAUCUGCCCCCCUUUUUCUUGAUGUUUUCAAAGAGUCUGCUCCCCAAACUAGAAACACAAUCUGGAUGGCGCGAAGCCAAUCAGGCCACGCAUAACAUCAACCAAGUCAUCCAUCACAGAGAAAAAUACUGCGCCGUCCUCUUUAAACUUCUCUGAUUGUCAAAUUGUCCUGGCAGUUGCUCAGCUGUCCUCUGUGGUGAACUCCACCCGCCCCGGCAUCCAGGAAGAAGCCCCAAAACAAACUGAAACAUGAUCGCAAACACAGUCCGGCUCUAGCAGAGGAGGCCCGACCAUUUCUCCUUCAGGACUACAUCGAACUCAGAGGAUCAUCAGACUCAGAAAACUUUAGUUUCAAUCCGAUCUCCAGCUGUUUUCUCGACUAAUUAAACUGAAUUAUAAUUUUG